AGUUUCCAGUCCCUUGUGCAAAAGCAAUGCUUGCACAUUUUAAUGCAUGUGCAUGGAUAUAAUCACCCGUAACUUCGAUCCCGUUAAACAACAUCACAUCGUGUGGACAAAAAGUCACAGCUCCGCUCCGUGCUCACGAUGCUGUUUUAGUCAAUAAUGGUGACAAAAGCUGAAUAUCUCCCUGUUUGGGGAAAAGAAGGAAAGAAGGCAGCCUUCCCCCCACCACCACCCUCCGUUUUGCAAAGCUUUCCUUUUUCCAAGUGUUUCCUCUUUAAUUAUGACCUGUUUCCCCUCCCUCUCCCCCCGCCCCAGCUUCAGUGAAAGGAGCCCUUCUGUCACUCGUCACUCGCUCACUCGCUCGCUGUGGGAGGAGCCGGCUGGAGGAAGCCGUGUGCCUGGGAUGCCAAGAACCAGAGAAUGGAUCUGCUCCGAGUGGGGACAUUGCUGAGGAUCCCGGCUUCCCGAGGCGGCUAAAAUCAGGCAAUUUGUUUCGGCUGGCUGCAGAUACCCGGAGGCACAAAGAGACCGAAGCUGCCACGGGCAGGAGGGACCGACGGACAGACAGAUGGUCGGCGCGAACCGGAGAGGACCAAGGACCGGUGGCGGAGGCUGAGCCCGGCGAGCCAAGCCGAGCUUGAAGAGAAACUAACUGCACACCCAAGUUGCCCCGCCGGCUUGCCUCGCCGCGCUGAGGAAUGAAACCUUUCCAGCUCGAUUUGCUCUUUCUCUGCUUCUUCCUCUUCAGUCAAGAGCUGGGCCUCCAGAGGAGAGGAUGCUGUCUGGUGUUGGGCUACAUGGCCAAGGACAAGUUUCGGAGAAUGAAUGAAGGCCAAGUCUACUCCUUCAGCCAGCAGCCCCAGGACCAAGUGGUGGUAUCCGGACAGCCAGUGACACUGCUGUGCGCCAUCCCUGAAUACGAUGGCUUUGUUCUGUGGAUCAAAGAUGGCUUGGCUCUGGGUGUAGGCAGAGACCUCUCAAGUUAUCCACAGUACCUGGUGGUAGGGAACCACCUGUCGGGAGAACACCACCUGAAGAUUCUGCGAGCAGAGCUUCAGGAUGAUGCUGUGUAUGAGUGCCAGGCCAUCCAGGCCGCCAUUCGGUCCCGCCCCGCACGCCUCACUGUCCUAGUACCACCUGAUGACCCCAUCAUCCUGGGGGGACCUGUGAUCAGUCUGCGGGCAGGAGACCCCCUCAACCUCACCUGCCACGCAGAUAAUGCCAAGCCCGCGGCCUCCAUCAUUUGGCUACGAAAGGGAGAGGUCAUCAACGGGGCCACCUACUCCAAGACCCUGCUUCGUGAUGGCAAGCGUGAGAGCAUCGUCAGCACCCUCUUCAUUUCCCCUGGUGAUGUGGAAAAUGGACAGAGCAUCGUGUGCCGUGCCACCAACAAAGCCAUCCCUGGAGGGAAGGAGACCUCAGUCACCAUUGACAUCCAGCAUCCCCCACUUGUCAACUUGUCAGUAGAACCACAGCCCGUGCUGGAGGACAACAUCGUCACAUUUCACUGCUCUGCAAAGGCCAACCCAGCUGUCACUCAGUACAGGUGGGCCAAGAGAGGCCACAUCAUCAAGGAGGCAUCUGGAGAGGUGUACAGAACCACUGUGGACUACACAUACUUUUCGGAGCCUGUGUCCUGCGAGGUGACCAAUGCCCUGGGAAGCACCAACCUCAGUCGCACAGUUGACGUCUAUUUUGGUCCCCGGAUGACCACAGAGCCCCAGUCCCUGCUCGUAGAUCUGGGCUCGGAUGCCAUCUUCAGCUGCGCCUGGAUCGGCAACCCAUCUCUGACCAUUGUGUGGAUGAAACGGGGCUCUGGCGUGGUCCUGAGCAAUGAAAAGACCCUGACCCUCAAAUCUGUCCGCCAGGAAGAUGCUGGGAAGUACGUGUGCCGGGCUGUGGUGCCCCGGGUGGGAGCUGGGGAGCGAGAGGUCACCCUGACUGUCAAUGGUCCCCCCAUUAUCUCCAGCACGCAGACCCAGCAUGCCCUCCAUGGCGAGAAGGGCCAGAUCAAGUGCUUCAUCCGGAGCACACCGCCACCUGACCGCAUAGCCUGGUCCUGGAAGGAGAAUGUGCUGGAGUCGGGGACAUCGGGCCGCUACACAGUAGAGACGGUCAGCACUGAGGAGGGCGUCAUCUCCACCCUGACCAUCAGUAACAUUGUGCGGGCUGACUUCCAAACCAUCUACAACUGUACCGCCUGGAACAGCUUUGGCUCUGACACUGAGAUCAUCAGGCUCAAGGAGCAAGGUUCGGAAAUGAAGUCGGGAGCCGGGCUGGAAGCAGAGUCUGUGCCGAUGGCCGUUAUCAUUGGGGUGGCCGUAGGAGCUGGUGUGGCCUUCCUCGUCCUAAUGGCAACCAUUGUGGCCUUCUGCUGUGCCCGUUCCCAGAGAAAUCUCAAAGGUGUUGUGUCAGCCAAAAAUGAUAUCCGAGUGGAGAUUGUUCACAAGGAGCCUGCUUCUGGUCGGGAGACUGAAGAGCACCCUACCAUCAAGCAGCUGAUGAUGGACCGAGGUGAAUUCCAACAAGACUCAGUACUGAAGCAGCUGGAGGUCCUCAAAGAAGAGGAGAAAGAGUUUCAGAACCUAAAGGACCCCACCAAUGGCUACUACAGUGUCAACACCUUCAAAGAGCACCACUCAACUCCAACCAUCUCCCUGUCUAGCUGCCAGCCGGACCUGCGUCCUGCAGGCAAGCAGCGUGUGCCCACAGGCAUGUCCUUCACCAACAUCUACAGCACCCUGAGUGGCCAGGGCCGCCUCUACGACUACGGGCAGAGGUUCGUGUUGGGCAUGGGCAGCUCAUCCAUCGAGCUUUGUGAGCGGGAGUUCCAGAGGGGCUCCCUCAGCGACAGCAGCUCCUUCCUGGACACACAGUGUGACAGCAGCGUCAGCAGCAGUGGCAAGCAGGAUGGCUACGUGCAGUUUGACAAGGCCAGCAAGGCCUCCGCCUCCUCUUCCCACCACUCCCAGUCCUCUUCCCAGAACUCCGACCCCAGUCGACCCCUGCAGCGGAGGAUGCAGACUCACGUCUGAGGAUUACACACCAUGGGUGGGGAUGGGCCAGGGAGAUUGGCAGGACAUGUUCUGGUUCUCCAAGAACUAGGGCUACUUUGCAGAGGACCCCAGAACUGGCCACUUCCAGGAUGGCUUGCAAGCGCCUCUGUUACCAUAUUCCUCCAAAGCUGUGAUCAAGCACAAAUCUGGUCCCCAGCUGCAGUGUGUCAGAGGUGGGUGGUGGGGAAAUGGAAAGAGGAUGCAGCUGAGUGCACUGUGCUUGGUGCCGGACACCCAUGUCCCCAUCCCUUUCCUGGAGGCUUCUCUAUCACCUGCUCCUCCCACAGGCACUAGGCAGCUAUAACUUUGCUUUCAUAAAACUGCCGUCCACUCUCCGGUCUCCUACUGGGCUCCCCUCUUGCUGCCCGUAAGCCCUCCCCUGUGCCUGUGCUCCUUGACAUCCCUGGGAGAAGGGGGAGUUCUUCCCAGCACUGAGCUGCUCCAGAGACCCCAGCUUCCCUGUUGUUCUUAACCCAUGCCUUGGAGGUUGAAAAGCCAGAAAUGGUCCUGGCCAAAGGAACAUGCCACCCGGGAGCCCACCCCCCAAUUUGUUUGGUGUUUUGUGUCCAUAUUCUUGCAGUUUUGUCUUCUGAACUUGGAGGUGGGACUGACCCAAUCAGAGCCUGGUGUCCUGGAGGGGAUGAGGAAAGGAAAGAGGAGAACGUGAAUACCUGGGGAACACCUUGCCCAACACGCUCCUCGCCAGUCUGUGCAGUUCAGAACUUUCCCCCUCACCCCCUGCUUUGUGUACUCCCCUCCUCCCCACAGCACAGUCGGAGUUAAUAUAAGAGCUUCUCUGGUCAGGGUUCUUUGAAAAGUCAUUGAAGAGUGUGUCCUGGGGGGGGCUUGGUUUGAGGGGGUUAGAGUCAGGUCUUUAAGAGGGUGGGACUCACCUUCUCAGCUGACAAAAGCAAGGAACAAUGAUCCUGUCUCAAGUAAGACUCCAUGGGCAAGAGGGAAGUUUAUCGGCACCUCUCCUUCCCCCAUUCCUUAACCAAGAAUAAAUGUCAGGGCCA